AAGUAAUGCAGUAUGAUUCCAGAUUAUAUUUAACUUUAUACUUAAAGUAAGAAAGCUGUUAUGAAAAAGCAUAUUUGUCAGAAAGUGCAACUGACGCUGCUGGACCCGGACCAGUAGGCGGCGCUGUAACAUCAUCUGCCAAACGCCGUUAAUCAUAAGCAGAAGAAGACUCCAGUUGCGGGAAAACUGAAGCUGAUGAGUCCUGUGUUGAUAACUUCAAACUUUCAGAAAACAAGUUUUUAAAAAUCACCAUGAAAACCCCAAAGGCCUCGGAUGUGAAAAAGGGAAUAUCAGUCCUUUGGGAGACUCUGCAGUGUCCCAUAUGCUUGGAUUUAAUGACAGCACCACUAUCCACUAAGUGUGACCAUCAGUUUUGCAAAUUUUGUAUAAUUAAACUUUUGGACAACUCUAAACAAAACAGGGCCAACUGUCCAGUGUGUAAAACCAAGAUAACCAAAAGGAGCUUGCAGGAGAGCCCUGGGUUUCAGAGACUUGUAGCAGGAUUGCAGGAUAUGAUACAAGCAUAUGAACAUGACACCAGCACAAACUACUUCACGGGAAUGAGCCUGCAAGAAAAACAAUCAGGUGUUAUAGAUGCUGAAGCUACCAAACAUCAACAAAAUGUGUCAUCUGGAGAUACACCUGUCACUGACCUUGACAACGAAGAAAAUGCAGACCAUGAUGAUCUUCCGAGAUCCCACUCUUCAACUAUAGCAGCCCAGAAUGGAUUUGCAAGACUCAUGGGACUUGAAGACUCAACUCCUGUGACGACAGAAAAUGAAGGCCUGGACAGUGGCCUCGGUGAUGUCCUGCCAACUUCUGACAAGAAAAUGCACAGCUCUACCGAUACUUUGGAACCAGUAGGAACAGAAAUAUCAGAAGUUGUGGAAAAGGUGAUAUCAAUGCACAAAACUAGAGGCAAAAUGAGAUUUGACAAAUUGGAGAACACCUCCCUUCAUCCAUUAGUCAUUCCAGACGAGACCGAAUAUCAGCCUUUAAGAAAAUCCUCACGGAAGAAGAAGAAAAAGGAUUUGGAGCCUGACAAGAUUCUUGAUGAGAAACAAAAGAAAAGUCUAGAGAAAGUUGCUGAGUGGCUCAUGAAAGUUCCAACUGAAGGAAGUCUCGAGUUAGAAAAACCAGACGAAGACGCUGAUGACUCAGACAGCUGUUCUUCCACUUCAACAAUAGAUGUCAAGCAACACAUUAGUAACAUGAAUCCUAAGAGAGAUGAUCGUGCUAAAGCCCUUGAAGAGCAGGUGUUCGGCGCUGUCUACAAACGAGAGAGAAGAGGGAACAGGAACAGGAACACCUCUCUUCCGCUCAAUGCUUUUGUCGAGCGAUCAAUAACUAGAAAACAGAAAACAGGCUCUGAAGAUAAAAAUGAAAGCGACUUGGAGGAAGAGCAACAACUAACAGAAGAAGUUAACGACACCAGCAGUGACAUUUUUAAAGAAGCAGAACAGAUGGAAGUCGUGGAGGAAAAUGAUUUAGACAAACAUGGGGAAGAGAUGAACAACUUGCCAGAAAGUGACAAAAAUAAAGGUAAAGAUGAGGUUCCCUCUGUGUCUGAUAUUAAACAACAGCAACCGGAAAGAAAGUCAAAGAAAAGGCUGCAUGAUACUCUGCAGCAGCUUGACAGUGAUUUGCAGCAGCAAGCUGAGGCAAAGUCAGAAAGUACUGAGCAAAAGAAAACUGACAAGAGGAAAGGUAAAAACACAAGGUCAGAGAAAGGCAAGCCUGCUAGAGUGCCAAAGCCUCUUUUUCUGGUUGCAGUUCAAAAUGGAGAAACCAGUCCAAAGACCAGACUGAGAUCAGAAGAAGUUCAAGCACAAAUUGAGAACUAUCCUAGCAGCGAGGACCAGGAAACCCCUCUCACGAGGACCACCAGGAGAAGCAGAAGGCUUCAAUUCUUUGCUGAGGAAGUCCAGGGAGGUCACGGGAAAGCAAACUUGAAAACCAGUGUAGCUGAAAAACACAGCAAUGCUGCAAAGGAAUCAGAGGAAGUUAAAGGUGAAACACUGGAUAAAACUGCAUCACCUGAGAAUGGAAACAUGACAAAGGUGGCCAAAAGAAAUGGAUGUAUUUAUGAUCAAGAUUUAGGAGGAAUUGAAAACGUGGAGUCUGGUGAGAGAACGUCUUAUCUGACACCAAACGAAGAUGUUAAAGAGCCCAUUGCUGAAGUGCCGAAUGCUGACACUCUGUCUGAAGCCAGUGCUGCUUGUUAUGUCCCUGUGGUACCGAGUUCUACAAGUCCAACUGAGGCAGCUGUAGUGGGUCCAACACUUGAAAGUGACAAUCCGACGAAUGAAUUCCCAAAAGGUAUUCAGCUGGAAACGUCUGCUUGCGAGACUAAAUGCGCUAUAACAGAAAAUGAGGAGGACAAGAACGACAGUGAGCUGGACACAGAGCAACUGCUCAGGAGCUUCAAAGCCACUAAAAGGAAAUCGUUCCAUCUUGGUGGUCCCAACAUGAAAAGAAGCCGUAGCUCAGACCAAGGAGAAAUGCAGGGUGCUGAAGCAAAGGAUAAUGAUCCUGUUUGUUCUAGUGUUGAAUCUGCAAAAAAAGAGACAUCUGAAAUCGCCAAUGUGGAGGCUUUGAGAGACAAUGAAGACUCAUCUUGUAGUGAUUUGAUCUCCCCGUCUAACUCACCCACCCUGGCAAGAAAAACAGUUCUUGAGAAACAAAAUCAAGUGGUGGUACAAGCCUCGAUCCCUGAUACCAAUAGUUCAGGUCAGGACAGCGCUGCUGGAAACUGUCUCUCCAGGAAUAGUCUUAGCAGUGCCCUCAGUCCUAAUAAAGUGUCAAAACGUGAAAUGGAAAGUCCUCAUCUUUCAGUUGUCCCUCAAUUGGUAGAUUCUGGGCUCUGCUUCACAGCUGUUGAACACGAUGAGCUACAUGAAGCUUCAAAGUGCUCUCAAAUCUCAAACAGUCAGCUUGAUUGUACAGUGAGGGAUGCUGACAAAUGGAAGGAGAUAGGAGACGGCAUUUCUAGUGGAAAACAUUCAUUCAACACUGCUGAACACAUCUUGGUUGCAGAGUCCUCUUUAACUCCUGACGGCCUUGUAACACCAGUUGUCCAAAUGGUCCACAAAACGAAGCCUAACAGCAAUGGAAGCGCAGAGCUCAGCGCACGUCCCUCCAUCAAGAGCUACCCGAGGAAGAAGAGACCGACUCAGAGGCUGGAGUCUUCAUCCGAGUCCGACUGCAGUGGAUCCAAAGAGGAAUUACCAACUUUGGCUCAAAUCUUCGGUAGGUCAGCUCCUCCGGCUGCUGUGACCCAGGAUCAGGGAGAUUCCAAUGAAGCUAAUGAGGAGGAUGCAUGUGUUCCAGCUGAUGCAGAAGAACACUUCAGCCGUCCACCUGCAUGCCCCAGCCCCGACUUUGUUAAUUCUAGCCAAGCUUCUGUGGACUUGUUUGGAACACCAGAUGAAUGUGAUGUCCCAGUAAAUGAUGCCAGUGUUUCCAUGGAAUCAUCACAAUUUUCAAGCGAAGUCCUUGUCACACAGCAAAAGAUAGAAAUGCAGAAGGAGCUGGUGAGGCUGGAGAAAUUGAUGGCUCUGGUGUCAGAGGUGCUUCAGGAGAAAGAGCGCAGUCCUGCAAAAGAAGUCCCCACAGAAACAAAUCAAAGCAUCAAAACCACAGACACCCACAGGCACCUCGUGUGUCACCAGGAUGCAGGCCAGGAUGCAGACAUGAAAGAUGUUCCCGAUGCGGAGCGAGAGCUCAGCAUGAGAGUAUCCGAUGGCAGAGGGGUCACGCAACCCAGCGUGUCAAAGCAUGGCAGUAUUACAGAGAUGGCAGUGCAGAGCUCCACACACACAGGGAUGAGUGUAAAAGGCACUGAAGCCUCCAAGACACCUAGUUCAAGUUCAGCAGCCAAGACACUAAAGAUAUGUAGUUCAACAGCAGUUGGGCAAGAAGACAAAGAAAACAACACACCCUCAAGAGACAGAAGUAAAGCUAAACUGGUGCUAGUGUCAUCUGGAUUGGGGCCCAAUGAACAGAUAAUGGUGAAGAAGUUUGCCAAGCGAGUCGGAGCACAUGUGGUUUCCCAGGUGACACCAGAGGUGACCCACAUCAUAAUGCGCACUGAUGAACAGCUGGUAUGUGAGCGCACACUGAAGUACUUCCUUGGCAUUGCAGGAAGGAAGUGGGUGGUGAGCUUCCAGUGGAUUUCAGAGUGCUUCAAACAAAAGAAACUCUUAGAUGAGAGUCUCUAUGAAGUGAGAGGUGACGUGGUGAAUGGACCCAACCACCAGGGCCCCUCAAGAGCGCGUACCACUGAAGACAAUAAUCUGCUCUUGAAGGGCUUCAAGAUCUGCUUCCAGGGGCCUUUUACAGACAUGACUACAGAUGAAAUGGGGUGGAUGGUGGAGCUCUGUGGAGCAGCUGUCAUUAAAGAUCCAUUUCUCCUCGACAGUAAACAGAAGUCCCAUCAUCUGGUCAUUGUACAGCCUGGAUUAGAGUCAUCGUCGUCCACAUACAGCAGUCUCUCCAGACAAGCCACUGUUGUGACACGCGGCUGGCUCUUGGAUACAGUUGCAACCUACACCCUCCAAAACUUCAAAAGCUACUCAACAUGAGCUGAGGGACCCAGUGCAUUAUAACCACCCACAGCCAUGGGUUUUCCUCUCAUGGUCUGUUUUAUAAUUUCAGUGUUUUGUUUUUUCUUGUUAUGUGCAAUGCUGUCACUAUACUGUCAUCUGUUUCAUUGAUAAGCUGAAAGCUCUGUGUGUUGUAUGUGCAUGACACGAUAUGUAUAAAGUUUAUAAACAGAAGAUGUUUGAAUUGAGUCUUUUUCUUUUUGCUUGAAUUACACUGGUAUUAGUGCACACAUAAAUAUAUCAAUGAUACCCACAAUAACUAGUAACCUAAGUAACCUCCCUUGGCAUCCAAAUUAA